CUCGAUUCAGUUUAUUUUCAUCAGCGAUAGAACUAACUCAUGACGGAGAGAUCAACAACAGCUACGGUGAAAUCUAGAGGACCAAACACCGCACGCGCUCGUACAGCCCGCUCGGCGCUGUUUACGGCGUCGCGCGCUUCUCGAGCUGCGACCGCAAUGGCAGACGGACAUAGUCAAUUCGCACUUGAUGCACCGGUCACACUGAGAUUCUUAAACAAGGAUGACAACAUGUUUGUACCUGCUGCAAAAACGUUAUACGAAUACAUUUACUAUUGUGAAGGAAAUAUCCGCAAGGCUAUGGAGGUUAUUUUUCAAGCGCAGAAAGCAGAUGAAUCUUCCGAUUGGUGGUGGAAUUUUUCUCUUGCUCGUUGCUAUUAUACUCUUGGUAUGUACAGAAAUGUAGAAGAAUGCUUACGGCCAGCUCUCAAGUACAGCAAGCACAUAUCAAUUUAUCUGAGACUUAUAGCAAUGUACGUUGGAAUCAACCAACCUUUAUCAGCUCUCGACGUUUGCAAGCAGGGUCUUUCUGUGUUCCACGAUUCUGCUUCACUAUUAUUGGAAGAAGCUAGAAUCCAUGAGCGAAUGGGUAAUCAAGCAGUGGCAGUGAAAUAUUAUCGCAUGGUUGCAGUAGAAGAGCCUUCUAACAUGGAGGCGAUUGCUAAUAUUGCGAUGUACAACUUUUAUAACGACCAACCAGAAAUCGCUCUUAGAUAUUAUAGAAGGCUUUUAGCUACUUGUCCGGUGGGCCCAGAUAUUUAUAACAACUUGGGCUUAUGUUGCCUGUAUUGUAAUCAAUGGGAUUUGACAGUGGCUUGUUUUAGACAAGCACUGUUUUACUCCACUAAUCCAGAAGUGCGUUCCGAUAUUUGGUUUAAUUUGGCACAUAUAGCUUUAUCUACGGGUGACAUGUUACUGGCCAGGCGGUGUUUAUUAUGUAGUGUUUCUAUUUCUGAACAUGGACCCUCGAAACGGGCGUUUCGCGCUCUAGAUAAGCGUUUACAGACUCGUAAACGGUUUAGUUUAGAAAGCUAA